CAUUGACGGAAGAACAUGGCGACUCCUCUCUCUAACGUCCUUGUCAACGCUCAAAAGAAUGCAGUUUUCAGAAGGCUUGAAGUUCGGCGACAAGGGGGCUGUAAUUCUGAUACGGAUGGUUCAAGUGGUCUGAGUGACUUGGAAGUGCCAAACAAGAUGAUAUCUAUGAGUACAAUGGGAGGCAAAAAUAGAAUGUUCACACCAGCAAGGAAAAGAAGUAGUAAGAAACUGGGCCAGUCUUCUCCAGGGUUGAGUGAUAAAAGAAUGACGUUAAAGACUCUACAACCCCUGGCAGGAAGCCAAUCAACUUUAGUUGGAACAAAUGGUUUCAUUAGGUUAUGUGAUUCAAGUAUGAAGAAAGGUAAAAGAAAACAAACUGAAUCUGAAGACCAGCAGUAUAAACAAGGACGAUCCAAGUUAAUGAAAAGUUCUAAAGUACUUGGUGCUGCAAUGAUUUAUAAAGAUCCAAAGACAGAUGCCCCAACUGAAAAGAAAGGGAAAUCAUUGGCAGAAGAAGCCAUUGAGAUGAUGACCAGUGAAUCUGUACCAGAAUCAUGGAAAGAACUAGCAGAAGAAAGGAGAAAAGCACUUGAAGAAGCCCUUAAAGAAAAUGAGCAGUUGCAUGGUAAAGUUCAAGAAUUAAAAACGGAAGUAAUGAAGCUAUCGGAGCUUGCCGGGCAAACAGAAUACUUUGCUUCUAUAAUAAAGACUCAAGUUUUCAGCUACUUUGCCGACUUCAAAACAAAAUGCUAUCUCGCAUUAGAGAUGAAUCGCUGUCUGUCUGUCUGGAUAUUGUCUGGCUGUCCAGAUCAUUUUAGUAGUAAAACAAAACAUAGUGCUGUUUGCAUCUUCGGGAAAACGCUUUGUUUCAUCAAUGCAUGCUUUUGUAGGUUUGGAGAUUUUUUAAACCCAGAGCUCAUUUUAAGUGUUAUCUUGAGACUUUAUGAAUAUUGAUAUUUUAAAAUUACUAACCUUUUCACAUGAUUGCAGUUGAACUCUUGAAGUCUUUCAGUUUGGGAAUUGUCAUGUAAUCAGUUCUUAGAAAAAAAAUAUUGGUUGUCCUUUUGUAGCAAGAUUUUAUUGCUGUACAUGAUGCAAGUGGAGAAUUGAUCCCACAUUUUUGUGUUUCAGCAAGUUUUUUAAAAUAUUAAAUUUCUAGCUAUUCUGUGGAA